AUGAGUGAGAUUGGACAUGGCAAACCUUUAAUGCCAGCGGGAAAGCUUCAUAAAGUGACAUUCGGCCUGAGCUGCAGCCUCUGCAGCUUAAUGGUGCACCUCGAGGUGGCUGCUGGUGACCCCAUUUGUUCGGCAGCAGGCAGGCCAACCCUGCAGGCUGCCCAGGAGGAGCUGCGGCGCCAGCGGGACCGGCUGGAGGAAGAGCAGGAGGACGCGGUGCAGGAUGGCGUGCGGGUGCGCCGGGAGCUUGAGCGCAGCCAUAGACAACUAGAGCAGCUGGAAGGGAAGCGCUCAGUCCUGGCCAAGGAGCUGGUGGAGGUGAGGGAGGCGCUGAGCCGCGCCACGCUGCAGCGGGACAUGCUGCAGGCCGAGAAGGCCGAGGUGGCCGAGGCGCUGACCAAGGCUGAGGCUGGCCGCGUGGAGCUCGAGCUCUCCAUGACCAAGCUGAGGGCAGAGGAGGCCUCCCUGCAGGACUCCCUGUCCAAGCUGAGCGCCCUCAACGAGAGCCUUGCUCAGGACAAGCUGGAUCUGAACCGCCUUGUUGCCCAGCUGGAGGAAGACAAAGCCGCCCUGCAGGUGACACCCACAGCCUUGGGGACAGCAGCCACCUACAGCCUCUGCACCAUCUGGUACCCGCACCUGCAAGUCCAGGGCUACCAGGAGAAAGCCCAGCAGAGGCAGCUGCGGGAGCAAGGAGCAGUGGAACACGGAGAAUGUCUGCUGGGGGCUCCUGAGCCUGGCCAUAGCUGCGUGCCAGCCUCCUUGUCUGCAACAAGGCUGCAGCUGCCUCUGCUGGGCUUUUUCCUGGUAGCCCUGACACCCCAGAUGCUGACAGACUGCAGGGAGGCCCCGUCAUGCCUGCUCCCUCCAGAGCCCUCCAACCCCCAGCCCAUGCUCAAUCUCCCUUGCCAUCCUGUGGCACUAAUGGGGCGCAUUGCAAGGUUACUUCAGAUGGCCUCUCCCUGGAAGCACCGCCUCCUUAACCAGCUGCAAGCGGCGGGAUGGCAGAGCCACGUGCCCCUCCCAGAGACUCACACGUGCAAUGUGUAUAAGAGACAGCCUCUGGAUGGGAAGUUAUGGCGAAGUCCGCCCAGCGUUUCCGAGGUGAGGGCGCCCCGCCCGGCUAGGCGGUCGGUGAAAUCUGGGACCCGCGAGCGCACAGCUGGGUUGAGGCGCGGCCUGGCAAGUUUUGUUGGGCGAGGGGUGGUGGGUGCACGGCCGGGACCUGAGUUCCCUGAGCUCGAUUCUUCCCCUGCUGCGGCCGCCCGCAGCCCACCUCUGGUGCGCGCUGGGGAAGAAAGUCGCUGGCGGGUGUUCUGUGGCAUUGCGGGCGGUGGAGGGACGGAGCAGCUUCGGGGGCAUGUCGUCCUAUAUCCUGUAGAGGACACUCACCCCGGACCCCACCUUCGAGUCCAGAAAUCAGUUCCCUCUGCUUGCAAAGUUGGAGUCUUUAUUGGCCUCCGGGAUUCUGCUCCUGGCGGUGUCUCCAGGCUGGCGAUGGGCAAGCCAGGUGUGCCAGGUCCAGGAUGCACAUGA